UGUGAUAAGCCAUUAAACUAGAAAUGUAAAUAUAGAUAAUGUAAUACUAAUUUAAUUAUUGCUAGUUCACGUGAUGAUUUAGGCUAAUAUUUAACCGUUGUGAAUAUCAUAAAAUGUCUCAAGGAGAAACUAGUAGCAAUAAAACUGAAGAAGAACUUCCGAAAUACCUUAAAGAUCGCAUUGAAAAAAACCGCCAAAAAGCCAUUGCCAGGAAGAACAGCAAACUUUGCCAACAUCCCUAUGCAAAACCGGAAGUGGUUUCAAUUGAUAAAAACAACACAAUCAAGAUUGGAACAACCAAGUACAAGGACACGGGAGGUGGGUUUUUAUUGGAGGAGAAUACUUCCGAGCCUGAUACUGCUGAACUUCCAACUUUAGCCGAGCCUGAGGCAGCUAUAAUAGAACCAGACCGUCCAGUGUGCUUCAAUUGUAAAAAACCGUUUGCAACCUCUUGGCUUUUUGAUAAUUUUACCUGCAAAUGUUGUGAUCAAUGCAAGGAGGAGAAUGACUUUAAACUAAUCACAAAAACUGAUGCCAAAACCAAAUACCUUCUCCAAGAUUGCGACUUUUCAAAAAGGGAGCCACCGCUGAAGUACAUUGAAAGAAAAAACCCACACAACGUCCGUUGGGGAACGAUGAAGCUCUUUUUGGAAUUGCAAGUUGAAGAAAGAGCACUUGAAGUGUGGGGGAGUACUGAAAAAUUGGAAGAAGAGAGAGAACGCAGAGAAGAUAAGAAAGUUGUGUCAAAAGUGAAUAAGUACAACAAACAAAUGAAGCAAUUGAGAAUGAGUAUGAGAAGCAGCUUGUAUGAUAGGACCAGUGGAGCAGUGCAUGAGCAUGAGUUUGGACCAGAGAGCUACAACGAGGAGGAAGAUACAUACACUAAGAAAUGCAUGAGUUGCCCUUUUGAACAAACUUAUGAAAAGAUGUAAUUUUUGGUAAUUAUUCCUGUGAAACCUUACUGUUAUUUUUAUGUUUUAUUUUUUUAUUAAAUCUUUUUUUUAACCAUA